AUGGCGGCGACUGGAGCGGGUCGCCUGAGACGCGCUGCGUCAGUCCUGCUGCUCCAGACCCCGCGCCUGCCGGCCCGGGAGCUGUCAGCUCCCGCCCGGCUCUAUCACAAGAAGGUUGUCGAUCAUUAUGAAAAUCCCAGGAACGUGGGGUCUCUUGACAAGACAUCUAAAAAUGUUGGGACUGGAUUGGUGGGGGCUCCAGCGUGUGGCGAUGUGAUGAAAUUACAGAUCCAGGUGGAUGACCAGGGGAAGAUCGUGGACGCCAGGUUCAAAACAUUUGGCUGUGGCUCCGCCAUCGCCUCCAGCUCGCUGGCCACCGAAUGGGUGAAAGGAAAGACGGUGGAGGAAGCCUUGACCAUCAAGAACACAGACAUCGCCAAGGAGCUGUGCCUGCCCCCCGUGAAGCUGCACUGCUCCAUGCUGGCUGAAGACGCCAUCAAGGCCGCCCUGGCUGAUUACAAACUGAAGCAAGAGCCCAAGAAAGGAGAGGCGGAGAAGGAAUGA